AAAUUGAUUGCUCCCUUCUUCUCCCCCUCGACUCCACUGGACUAGACUAGACUAGAUCCAUCGCCAUCGCCAUCGCCAUCGCCGGAUCGAUCGGACUCCACCGCCGCCGCCGAUGCAUCCCUCCUCCUCCUCCGCCGCCGCCGCCCACCCGCCCGAUCGCCCCGGCCCCAAGUCCCCGCCGCCUCCGCCCCACGCCAUGGGGUACCCGGCCAACCACGCGCCACCUCCCCCCUCCUCCAACGCCGCCGCCUACCCCGCCGCCAACGGCACGGCGGCCUUCGGCGUCGCCUACCCGUACCCGGCCCCGCACCCGCCGCCGCACGCCUACCACCCGCACUACCCGCCUCCGCCGCCGCCGCCGCAUCCGCACCACCACCCCUACCCGCCGCACCCGCCUCCGCCCACCUGCGUCCGCCGCCUCCUCGGCCUCGUCGUCGCCGCCUUCCUCCUCCUCGGCGCCGCCACCUUCAUCGUCUGGCUGCUGCUCCGCCCGCGCGUCCCGGCCUUCUCCCUCGCGUCGCUCAGCCUCUCCCGCGUCAACUACUCCGCCGCCAACUCCUCCCUCUCCGCCUCCUUCGACGCCGCCCUCCUCGCCGCCAACCCCAACUCCAAGCUCACCGUCACCUACUUCUCCCCGCUCGCCUCCGUCUCCCUCGCCCCUUCCUCUCCCAUCGCCGUCGCCACGCUUCCCCCCUUCGCGCAGCCGCCCCGCAACACCACUACGCUCGCCUUCCGCCUCGAGGUCGACGGGGCCUACGUCGGCUCCGACGACGCGGCUCCUCUCAAGGGCGGGGGCGUCGGCACCAUGCAGGUCCAGGUUAGGCUCGCCGCGGUCGCCGUCUUCGACCGGGGCGGCUGGCGCACGCGCCGGAGGGUCAUGAGGGUCAUGUGCGACGGCGUGCCCGUCACUUUCCACGGCAAGAAUGGGACGGAGGCGGCGUUCAAUGGCCCUGCCCGCCGCUGCGACGUACUCUUGUGAAGGAGUAGGAACAACCGUGUGGUGUGGCCGGAUAUGUAAUUAUAUUGAGGAGGUUUAAAGUUGAUCAGGAUUUCAAAACUUGGCCGUUGCAACCUUGUUCUGGAUUUGAUGAGCUUGACUUAGAUUUUGUUUGUACUUAUUUCCACGGGGUCUUCUAACUCACAAGUCAAAGUACUCCCUGUUUGGUCGUUGAAGUUGAAUAUAGAAAUGAAACGGCACUAUGGUAUGGGUCAAUUCGAAGGAGAAUCACUGUGCUAAUCUUAGGGCAAUGUAUGACAGCUUGGUUGUGAGUAUUGCACCUCCAGGCCAAUAUAUGUAGGGUGAUUAACGUUGUGUUUACCUACAUCCAAAGUUAGUAAAUGGAAAUCUGGCAGAACUAUAUAGCAUGGAAUCAUCCCUUUUGUAUUUUUAUAUGUUUGUGAGCAUUUCUUUCAAAGGAAUGAGAUUUGUCUAUGCACAGCUGUAUGAUUAACUUAUUUGUUUGUUUGUGCACAUCUAUGUGAAUAGAGAGCACCAUUUCUUGCGAGAUAUGCAUGUUAUAAAGCUGUCAUAUUGGUAUGUAUAUUCUCUGACUCACGGUGGAAAGCUAAGCUGAAAUGAGUGAAACAAUGUAUUCCAGGGAUACUUGCUCAAUUGGAGUCUUGUAUUAACAUGCUUCAAUCUGAAAAACAUGGAAAACAAAAGGAACAAUACCCUUACAUCACAGUUCCCUUGAUUGUGGGAACUGAGUAAUAAGAGUAAAUAAGCAUGAGUCGAGUUACCAAGUUUAUCUCUAUCAUGGUAUUGCAUGUUUAUGUUAUUGAGAUAUGAUAGCACAUUGUGACUGAGUCAUUGCUGCCACACAUUUUGGGCAGACAUGUUUUCAGUUUAGAUUCUGAUGUUUACAUGUUAGAAGUUGCAAGAUUUCCCAAAGUAUUGAUUGUUACACCCAGAUGAGUUUGCAAGCCCAUGGUGGUUGUCCACACGAGCACACUGAUAGUGCAUGAUAUGAAAAUUUAGCUGUGAGUUUGCAUUAAUAGUCUUGCAAAUCUACAAAAAUGAAUUCAAAUAUUUGUGUUUUUUCUUCUAUGCAUCUUCCCGGAAACAUAGACUGAUGCCAUUUGUGGACUAUGUUUGUUGUUAAUCAUGUUUACUGCUGUUAGGGAGUAAUAUGAUUCAUUGCCUAGCUGCUAUGUUGCAACCCUGGAUACCUUAUGCAACUAGUGUUUUGAAUUUUUUUUACCACUGCCUUCCGUUGUUACAAUUGGCAUCUGUCGUGACCAUAACCUUUGGAAUACAAUAUGUGUAUAGCAAAUCCUAGUUUUUUUUUAAUAUAACACUAUUGUAGAUUGUAUACGCUGGGUUAAAAAAAAUAGUAUUGUUACCUUGUCACGUGAUUCGGUUUUAUUUAGUAUUUAUACUCAGUGUAUGAUAGAACUUCUGGAAUUCUGGACCAAGUUAACUGU